AUGCCUUACAACGAAGCUGCCAGGUCAUUAUUUGAUGCCGUUCCUACGACUUUGAACUUCAACGAUCCAAAGGCGUAUACUAAAGGAAAGAAGGUCAUUCAUGUUGGUACCGCUCGCGAUAAGCUGAUGAAACAUAAGGUGCACGAGACUGUCGUGACCGAUGUCCGGUCCUGCGAAGGAACCCACUUCACCCUCGACAGGAAUGGUUUCCAGCACAUGAACGAGCCAACGUCGCUGAAUCAUGACGACUUCUCUGACUCAGAGGUCGUGAAAAAGCGUUACUGGCCUGAAGUGAUGGAGAUAUUGAAAAAGGCUACGGGCGCUAGCCAUGCCGUAUACGAAUCCCAUCUCAUACGGAGGUCGAGAUGGGAGGACGUUCAGGAGGAAGCCCAGCAACUGAUGCAGGGAGAGGGUGGCGGCGGGAUGUGUCAGAAAAUGGACCCUCUCAGAGCGACAUAUGUCAGUUAA